ACCGUCUCCAAUUCUUGCUAACCAACCAAACCAAAAAGUCAGGAUUCUCGACAAAAAUAUUCAUUUGCAAUUUCUGAGAUUCAAAACUUCGAAUCUCUUCAACCUUAUCAUCAUCUCCAAAUUCAAAUCGAAGCCAUGGAGUCCUACAAAACCCUAGAAAUCAUUCAGAAGACCCCAGAUUCAUCCGUGUUUCAUCUCAUCCUCAACAGGCCAUCGCAACUCAACGCCUUGUCCCUCGAUUUCUUCGUCGACUUCCCCAAAGCUCUAUCAUCCCUCGACCAAAACCCAGAUGUCGCCGUCAUCGUCCUUUCCGGCGCCGGGAAACACUUCUGCUCUGGCAUCGAUAUCAAUUCCCUCUCUACAAUCUCGGAACGAUCAGAGUCUGGCGACAGAGGACGCUCGAGCGAACUGUUACGCCGAAGGAUCAAAUCGAUGCAGGCCGCGAUCACCGCCGUGGAACAGUGCCGUAAACCUGUUAUCGCCGCUAUACACGGCGCGUGUAUCGGAGGCGGAAUUGAUCUUAUCACCGCUUGUGACAUUAGGUAUUGCUCCGAGGACGCUUUCUUCUCGAUCAAGGAGGUUGAUCUCGCGAUCGUCGCGGAUUUAGGUACCCUCCAGAGGCUGCCGAGCAUCGUCGGGCACGCAAACGCCAUGGAAUUGGCGUUAACGGCUCGACGAUUCUCGGGACGUGAAGCGAAGGAUCUUGGUCUUGUUUCUCAGGUUUUUGGAUCUAAGUCGGAGCUGGAUAAAGACGUCACGACGAUCGCCGAAGGAAUAGCAGCGAAGUCUCCUCUAGCUGUGACAGGGACAAAGGCAGUGUUAUUAAGAAGCAGAGAGAUGAGUCUAGAAGAAGGUCUUGACUACGUAGCAACUUGGAACUCGGCUAUGCUUAUAUCAGACGAUCUUAUUGAGGCUGUCUCUGCUCAUAUGACGAAAAGACAACCUCGUUUCGCAAAACUGUGAUAAGAGAGUCUGUUAUUUUGUUUUCUUGUCUCCUAAAGACCAACUCCUCCGGUAACAAAACAAUAAGGUCUUAUUUUUUUGGCAAAGAACUUUAGCUAUUGCUAUUUAGUUUCUACAACAGCUAGAAUAAUUUGAUUUGGGUUUGAAGAUAUAUAUGUUAGUUAAUGCUAGCCCUCAUCAAUGUUCAUGAGUUUCUGUGUGACAUUGUGUUUUGUCUCCAUUCGUUUGUCAUAAUAUCAAGAAAUCUGAGUAAAAAGGAUGUGAGAGCAUCAAGCGGCAUGUGUUAUAACGGUGAUGAGUUAGUCUUGGGAUUUGAUUUCAGAUCUCAUCUUAAUCAUUCAAGUUCUUUUAAC